AACGAAGACACUUUAUGCGGCGAUGAGAAGCGCGUAACAAGCAUGCGGAAGAGUUAAAGAGAUAUCUUCGCGAUUCUUUCGGAUUUGUCGUGCUUCCCAGGCGAAGCUUAAAGCUAGAAAGCUAGAAAGAGCUUACAUACGGGAGCUUAAUGACAGCUGCUGAUGCAUUAAACGAUAAGCGUAAGCUAUUCACAAAAAUGUUUACAUUCUCGAUAAUCUUUUAUUAUAGUCGUAAUGUUUGGUAAUAGGUAAUUUGCAUUGAAUGCACUUUAACACUUCUUUCUUUAAAAUCAGACCGGCGUCUUUUGUUUGUCACGUAUGCACAUUUUUAUUUUGUUUUGACAAGAGCAACAUGUUACACAUGUGCGAGUGGCAUGUUGCCAAAAAAUUUUCAAGUAGCCUGUCAAAUUCUGAAUAAUGUUACGAGAAAUUCAUUGCCCAUUCUUCACUUCAGUAAAAAAGUGUCACGAAAUGGUAAAUUUAUUGAGUGGCCAGAAAAUAAAACUCUCGAACAGUACCGAAAGAAGCUCGAACAAUGCCCGAAGCCAUCGUUUCUACAACUCUGGUUGAAAAAGUUGUUUCCCAAACCUAAGACUAAGGUAAAUCGCAAGUUCAUUUUACUCUAUUUUUAAACAAACGCUUUCCAAAUAAAAACAGGUUAAAUGCGAAUAAAGUAAUUUUGUUUCAUUAAAAAGAAUUUAAUCAACCCUUAAAUUAUCAAUAUCAAAAAUUGAGACACCGCAACACAAGUAUUUAAUUAUUUAAUAACGACUGUUUUGUAAAAUCUGUUUAUAAAAAUGUUCUCAGAAUAUUUAACGUAUAUAGCAAUAUUAUUAUUUAUGAAAGUAAAAAUUUGUAAAGCGCAAUAAAUUUUAGUGCAAAGCAGCUAUAGUCGGUGACGAUUAUUUGAAGGCGCGACAAUCCCUAAAGCUACAUAUUAAAGAUCUGAUAAACUUCGUGGACAAUGAGUCCCAAUUGAUUGCAAACGACAUAAAGAGUCGUUUGGAUAACGUCAGGGUCGCUCGUACGACUCAAUUGGAGAGCCUCCUCGAGAUGACGACGAGAAAGCUCGACGAAAUAGCCAAGUUGGACGUUUCUUACGGUAACUGGAUGCGAAAGGAGACGUUGCUGCUGGACAGCGAGAUAAGACGAUCCUUCGACGCUCUGGAGCGGGCGAUCGGUCUGAACGAGAAGCGCAUAGCGUCUAUGCUGGAGAAAUUGCGUGGCGACGUGUCGACCCGCGUCGAGAGCGCGGAGAAAAAUCUCGUCGCGUGUCGCAAGCACAAUCUUCCUUACGAUUUCGCGAAAUGCACGAAGGUACAGACGGAGGAGGCCGCGAGGAUGCUCGAUCGGAUGAACGAGGAGGCGCGUCUUAAACUCAAGGAGAUCGUCAAGUUUCGCGAGACGGUUCUGAGAGCGCACGAAACGACGGUGCAGGAAGCGAUACAGGUCAACUGUCAAAAAGCGGCCGAUUUCUUAAGGUAUCUGCAGAAGUGUAUCGUCCAGCUGAGGAAGUCGAGCAAGUCGUGAAGAAAGCGAGGAAUUGAGAGAUAGGCGGGCAACAUAAGCGAGCUGUUAACUCUCUAGAAGUAUGAUUCUUAAAUUGAUAAAUAAAACAAAAGCAAAUAAACUUUUAUUUAAUCAUUUCGCUCAAUCGAUUAUUCAGACGGUAUCUUCAAUAAUUGUUGAAUAAUUCGUAAAAGUCGACGCCGGCUGUUUCAAACUUGAGAAAUAAAUGCGUAACAGGAUCGUUUAUCUUCGCGCGCCUUUGUGAUUGGAUACGGGCGCACAUAAUGUUUCCUCGGGACUGAAGAUUUAUGGAAGAUUUGUGGUGGAAAAGUGUAAAGGGCGUCGCGGGAAUAAAAUCUACUGGGCGCGAA